GUGCGUCGCUGGACAACACGCGCUAGGAGCACCGCCCUCACGUGCGCGUGGCACGGACCGACGGGGCGGUGCGGGUGCGUACGCGCACUCACGAGGUGUGGGUGCCGCGCGCUCAGGCGGUGACGGUGCCGCGCCGGAGAUGGGGAUUGGCGAGCGGGGCUGCGCGCCGGAGCCGAGAGACGGGGAGUGAAGGGGAGUCGGAGCGGCAGGGCCAGGGCCAGGGAGGAGGAGGAGGCCUUUAAACAGGCUGAAACCGUUGCUGCUUCUGGGUGCAAGUAUCUCCUUGGGCUAACAUUGCAGCCUGUGACAUGGCCACAGCCUGUUCAAGUAACAAUCAAAAUGGAAGAUCACAGUUGCAUGUAACUGUUGCUUCUGCAAAAUUAAAAAGAAGAAAGAAUUGGUUUGGAACUGCAAUCUAUGUGGAAUUAUCAGCAGACGGAGAACUAAAGAAAUCUGCAAAGUCACAUAGUUCUUCCAAUCCAAAAUGGGAUGAGCACUUAACAAUGAAUGUAACACCAUACACCAAAUUGGACUUUAAAAUCUGGAGUCAUCAUACGUUAAAAUCCGAUGCUCUACUAGGGAAAGCCACUUUAGACAUCAACCAAGCUUUGGAAUCGCACAACAGAAAAUUGGAGAAUGUUAAAGAAGUAUUGAAGUUAACAUUAGAAAACAAGAAUGGGACAGUGCAAACUGGGGAUUUGACUGUUUUCCUUGAUGGUAUGACAGUGGAUCAGGAAUCUGUACCCAAUGGCACUGCAUCAGCACCCAAAGUUCAGCAGAAUGGAGAUGCCAUCCAUGUAAAUGGAGAUGAAACCUCCUCAAGGGCUAGAACAAGAUCUAACACAGAAACCUCCAACUGUGCAGAUAGUCCAUCAACAAGUUCUUCACGGCAGUCUGCUGCUAGUUCUCCGAUUGUGAAUGGAGAGAGUAAUCGUUCUCCGUGUCCUUUAGCUGCCAGGCCUAAAAGUGCAACAGCGCCAAAAAGCUUCACCACUGAAGGCUCCAGCAAUACUGUAAAUGGAGAACCAGCACCAACACCAGCAGCCCCUCCAACACCUCCAUUGACAUCAUUAACUACUUCACCAACAGUAACUGUGACUGUGACAUCUAAUAGUGGAGUUCUCACAGAAUCUACAGAAAACUCCAUCACCAUGGUUUGCACUACUACUAGUACCACUACUACUGGUACAACUUCACCUUCAAUGUCUGCAGCAAGUUCAGCAGAGACAACUACACCUGCUGCAGGGAUUAGCACAACAUCCACAACCACCACAUCUAGCAGUGUAACAGCUAAUGCUCCUACAGCAGCCACAACAAUGGAGUCCACCACCAGAACCAAUACAGAGACAGACAGUGGUAAACCUAGACAUUCAUCUUCAAAUGCAUCUGCUGGGCCUGUAAGACAGCAACCGAACAGCAUUAGCACAGAGCCUUUGCCAGCUGGAUGGGAGCAGAGGAAGGAUCCUCAUGGGAGAACAUAUUAUGUUGAUCACAACACAAGGACUACAACAUGGGAAAGACCACAGCCCUUGCCGCCAGGUUGGGAAAGACGGGUGGAUGAUCGAGGCAGGGUGUACUAUGUAGAUCAUAACACCAGGACAACGACAUGGCAACGGCCAACAAUGGAAUCAGUCAGGAACUUUGAACAAUGGCAAUCUCAAAGGAAUCAGUUACAGGGAGCUAUGCAGCAAUUCAACCAACGAUACCUCUAUUCGGCAUCAAUGUUAUCGGCAGAAAAUGAUCCUCUUGGCCCUUUACCACCUGGCUGGGAAAGGAGAGUGGAUGCAAAUGAUAGAGUUUACUUUGUGAAUCAUAAUACAAAAACCACUCAGUGGGAGGAUCCAAGGACACAGGGUUUACAGAAUGAAGAUCCCCUUCCAGAAGGCUGGGAAAUUAGAUACACAAGGGAAGGUGUCCGUUAUUUUGUUGAUCACAACACUCGAACAACUACCUUUCAAGAUCCUCGUACAGGCAAAUCAUCAGUUGCAAAGGGCCCACAGAUUGCAUAUGAGCGUAGUUUUCGGUGGAAGUUGGCACAUUUCCGGUAUUUAUGUCAGUCUAAUGCAUUACCCAGUCAUGUAAAGAUCACUGUAUCUAGGCAGACUUUAUUUGAAGACUCCUUUCAACAAAUCAUGGCCUUAAAACCGUAUGACCUUCGAAGACGAUUAUAUGUAAUAUUUAGGGGAGAGGAGGGACUGGAUUACGGUGGAUUGGCCAGAGAAUGGUUUUUUCUACUAUCCCAUGAGGUGUUAAAUCCAAUGUAUUGUCUUUUUGAGUACGCUGGCAAGAGCAACUAUUGUUUGCAGAUAAAUCCAGCAUCCACGAUAAAUCCAGAUCACCUAUCAUAUUUUUGUUUCAUUGGAAGAUUUAUUGCAAUGGCUCUUUUCCAUGGAAAAUUUAUUGACACUGGAUUCUCGUUACCAUUCUACAAGCGUAUGCUGAACAAGAAGCUCACAAUUAAGGAUUUAGAAUCUAUUGACCCUGAAUUUUACAAUUCCCUUAUUUGGAUUAGGGACAACAAUAUUGAAGAAUGUGGUCUAGAAAUGUAUUUUGCUGUUGACAUGGAAAUUUUAGGAAAAGUUACCUCUCAUGAACUGAAACAAGGAGGGUCAAACAUCUUAGUGACAGAGGAAAAUAAGGAAGAAUACAUUGGACUCAUGGCAGAAUGGCGAUUUUCACGUGGAGUGGAAGAUCAAACCAGAGCUUUUUUAGAUGGCUUCAAUGAGGUAGUACCUCUACAGUGGCUGCAGUACUUUGAUGAAAAAGAGCUUGAGGUUAUGCUUUGUGGCAUGCAGGAAGUAGAUCUUACUGAUUGGCAGAGGAAUACAGUCUACCGCCAUUAUACCAGAAAUAGCAAACAAAUCAUUUGGUUCUGGCAGUUUGUGAAAGAGAUGGAUAAUGAGGUGCGUUUACGAUUGAUGCAGUUUGUCACAGGUACCUGUCGUUUACCACUUGGAGGAUUUGCUGAGCUUCUGGGGAGUAACGGCCCUCAAAAGUUUUGCAUCGAAAAGGUUGGUAAAGAAACCUGGCUACCCAGAAGUCAUACUUGCUUUAAUCGCUUGGAUUUACCGCCUUACAAAAGCUAUGAACAGUUGAAAGAGAAACUGCUUUUUGCAAUCGAAGAAACUGAAGGAUUUGGGCAGGAAUAGAAGCAGCACAUGUUCUUGAUGACAUCAAGUAACUCUUUCCUGUCCAACAGUCUACAGUUGCACAGAUGCCUACUUUGUAUAUAAGCUAUUUGCCUAGAGAUGUAAUUCACUUCUGGAAUCCUAUAGAAUCCAAACCUGCUUUCCUUCCUGAAUCAUUAUGCAAAUUUGUCUUGAACCAUACAUCAUAUUUUACAUACCUGUGUUUUCCCUUAAAAUGAGCGUUUUGGAGAAAACAGUUUAGCUGCUUUCUGAAACAUGAUUUUUUUUACAAAAAAACAGGAACAGCUAGAAUAUCAAUGGCUCUAGUUUUAUAGAGCUUACUUGAAAUCUGGUAGGUGUGCUAUUAGGCUCCCUUAGUGUAAGUUGCAUCUUCCAGAAGAAAACACAUGCCCUAUAAAUCAGUUUCCACUGAUGUAACAAAUCUGUCAGGGUUAUUUCUCGCAUGGCUUUCACAAAAGUAUUUAAGGCUUAUGCCAAACACUGUCAAAUAUCUAGAAUUAAUGCUGCUGGCUUGUUGAGAUCAUAGAAUGUGUAAAUGCUGACAUGAGGUUUUCUUUUACUUUCUUGUGUUAUUGCUUGUUUAUGUAUGUCUCGUGUAUAGCAGACUGAAAAAAGAAAGUAAGUGUACUGGGUAGUAGCCCAUAAUACUAAUGUAAUUUUAUAAACAGAAGCUAAUGUGGACAAUUUAAGUAAUUAUGCAAAAUAUUACCUCUGCUGCUUUUCUGUUCAGCCUUUUAGAGUUACAUUUAAUCAAUCAGGAAUAAAAAAAAUCAAUUAAGUUUUGCACAUUGUAAGGAAUGUUGUGUAAUUAGUUUCCUCAUUGCAAUGUUAUACAUGCUGUGUUUUUUUAAAGGCUAUUGUGUAAAAUACAUUCUAUUCAUAGGUUUGAUUUUUUUCUUUCAAAAUACUUUCUCAUAGGCCUUCAUUCUUGCUAGAAAUAUCAUGAUUUAUUUUUUCUUAAAUGCAGAAGUUUCAGAACAUGUAAUAAAAUGAUUUUAAAAUA